UACUCGUAUCACGCAGCUCAUGUCUUACACUUUGAGACACGAAGCUUUACGACCCCGCAUCAUGGAUGAUAGCACCGGUUGGGCCCAACUCGGCCGCGACGCACUUGCGGCGAUCUUCUCCUUCUUGAACCCCCGCGACCUGGCUGCCGCUGGGUGCAUUUGUCGAGACACCCGCAAUGUGGCGUACGACAAUGCGCUCUGGCAGCCUCUUCUGGCCCACUAUUUCGGCCUCAACGUCCAGGCCCCCAACCAUAUGAGCCUUGCUGCCCUUUUCCGUAACCUGUACGAAGCCUGCAAGCCAAGCAGCAGCGGCGGGAGUGGCGGCAAUGCAGCCUCCCCCGUUUCCCCCUACCUCUCCCCCUUGUCUGGCGCUAUUUCCUUGGAAGGACUGUACACAGAUGGCGGCAUGGACAUGGGUGAUCCGGCCUUUUGGGCGGGCAACGUGUUCCAGCCCCAUGGCUGGUCCCUGUACUGCAGCCGGGCGGGCAGCAACGUGCACUGCAUAGCCCAACUCAAGGCAGUUCGCUCCGAGGACCCCUUCACUGUCUCCCACCGCUCCGAGCUGAUCUCCCUCGCCUCAGAAGUAGCCUGGCUGCUCUUCCUGGGCCGCAUGCCGGCGAGGAUCAUGCAGCGAAUGCUGACAGCAGCAGCAGCAGCAGCAGGUGGAGCGGCGGUGGCGGUCCCCGCUGCCGGCACAACCAGCAGCAGCAGCCGCAAUCCUGCCCGCACUGCGGCCCCUGCCAGCACCGCCGCCGCUGCCCCCAGGGCUCGGGCGGUGGUCGCCCUGUGUGAGCGGCUGCGUGACGCCAUGCGCCACUCCCUGCGCCGCUGGUCCACUGCCGGUCUCAGACGGCUGGUCUGGCAGCUCAUAUCGCAUUACCACCUGCUGCUGCAACAGCAGCGGCAGCAGCAAGAGAGGCAGAAGGGCGGUGGCAGCGGCGGCCCUGAAGGAGCAGCUGGCGGACCACUCCCGGUCCCGGUCCCUCUUCCACUGCCCGACCUCGUCGGCUGGGGACAGGCCGCCGCCACCGCCGCCGCCGCCGGCGAGGCGACUAAGAAUGGCGAUAUCCGCGUUGGCGGCGGUGGCGGGGGGCAGCCGCCUGUGGAGGCCUUCCCCGAGGGGGUGAUGAUGACGGAGGCGGUGGAGGCGGUCCCGCUGUCGUUGCCCCCCCGACUGGCCGCAGUGGGUUGGGACAUCGUGCAGGCUGCAGGGGGCCGCAGUGUCCCCGGCGGGCGGGAGCUGGUGGGGCUGGGGGAGGACGGGGCGGGGUUGAAGGUGUGGUGUCGGACGGCGAGGGAGUACCUGAGCAGCCCCGCUCUGGAGUGUACAACAUCCAUCAUCGACGGCAUCACUGUCUCCCGCACGGGCGAGUUCACGUGCCCAGUGGCGUGUGGAGCCAUCUUCCUGGCGCACCGGAGCCCGGCGACUAACCUCAGGCAGGUGCCGCCGCAGCCGCGGACGAAGAAGCCGCCGCUGUCGCCACUGUCGCCAGCGGCAGCUGGUCGGGACAAGAAAGCCGCUGACGGCGCCACCCAACACGUCAGCAGCUCCGAGGAGGGGGAGAUCGGUGUGGUGGGGCCGGGGGAGAGGGAGGAGGAGGGGGGGGAGCAGAGGGACGUGCAGCAGGAGUUCGAGGGCAUGGUACGGCAGCCGUACGUGCAGGCGCUGUCGGAUCUGACGACCCUGGCGGCGGUGGAGGCGGCGGCGUCCGCGGGGCUGCUGCCGCCGGUGGUGGCGCGGGGGAGCUGUCCGAGGGAGGGCGGGUGGGUGGAGUUCCAAAGACCGCCGCCAGCCGCCGCGCAGACGGCGUCGCCAUCCUCGCCGUCGAGGGUGCCGUACGGGUCAAGGUUAACUGAAGUACCUGCCUGGAGAGCCGCAGAGUCUGCCCCUGUGGCGGAGUCGGCGGAGGCGGCGACGACGGGGGAGAUUGGGAGUGCCGCAGCGGCUGGGGUCCCGGAUGCCGGCGGAGGCGGCGGCGGCGCGACGGCGGCGGCUACGAUGGCAGCGGGCGUUCUGUGGCCUGUGGCCUGGUUCAGGUUUUUUCCGCACGACGGGUUGGGCGACGAGGGCGAUCAGGGUAUGGCGCUUCCGCCGGUACUGCCGCCGCCGCCGCCAGUUGACGAUCCAGACGAUCCAGAUCCAGAUCCGUAUGUAAAUGCGCCUCCGUCGCCGAUUCCGGUCGCCGACCUGCUGCCGUGGGACAGCGGGGCGUUUAGCAGUGUGGAAGGCAGUAGCACCGAGGAGGUUGAAGAAGAUGAAGAUGAAGAGGAGGAGGACGAGGACGAGGAGGAGGACGGCAAUAGCAAUAGCGCUUUGACUGACAGCAGCAGUAGCAUCGACGCCGACGGCGGCGGCGGUUGGGGCCUUAACGGCGACGACACCAACACAGACGAAUGGGAGGACGAGCUGGACUUCUUGUACGGCAUUGAAGGCAAGCCGUAUUCAUACAACGCGACGGCGGGUCAGUCGUACAGCGAUAAUGAUGAUGACGAUAAGGAUGAUGAUGAGUUGGCCGUACAUACCUUUGCCGCUAGGGGCCCCGGAGCUGACACAGAUGCUGCCGCCAGCGGCGGGUCGGGGCCCUCUAACGCCGCCGCCGCCGCCGCCGCGGAUCCGAGGGCUACAGGGCCAGUACCUGACGGCAGCGCGGCGGCGGCUGGCUCCCUGGAGUCGACCGUUGAAGAAGCAGAGCGGCGGCGCUGCCAAGAUCCAAAAGCGAAACGGCGAUGUCGUCAAACUCCUCAUGAUGACGACGAAGACGAUGAUGAUGACUCUGGUCGUUCACAGGGGCCGCAGCAGCCACUCGGCGGAGGCGGCGGCUUGGGCUGCAACAUUGCAGGCGGCAGCUGCGACACGGGUGCGGUAGAGGGCGCCGGGAAUUUGGCUGCUGCCGCCGCCGCUGACCGUGCGCCGUUGUACGACUACUGCGGGGAGAUGCUCCAGGGUGUGCCGCUGAUGUCCUGGCUGAACCACCUGACCAAGCCCCACGUGGCGGGAGUCAUAUUGGGGUGGAUAGCCGACGUGGCGGGUAUGCAGGCGCUGCGCCACACCUUCCAGAACGUGCAAACGGCGCUACAGCCCAGCGUCGCGAAAGCCCCUUCCCUAUCCCCAGCCACAUCUAUAGCUACAGCUGCAGGAGGCACGGCUACAGCCGCGACGCAAGGCGCAUGGGGAGCAGCACCUCAGUAUGUGUAUCAGUCAUUGGCCGAUUGCUCAUCCGCUGCAGCGGCGACGUCGGUGCCGACGCCAGCAAAGACCGGCGGUGGUGCGGCGGCUGCAGCGGCGUUGUCGGAGCCUCUGGCAGCGCUACUGCCGCCAGACAACUCUGCGGAGCGCGCCUUCGAGGGCUUAGAGCCGGUUCCCCCGCUGCUGUCCCCGCCGCCACUGCCGUACGAGCUUCUUGGCAGCCCGGAUCCGGGUGCUCACGGGCCUCCUGCUGACCUGACGCAACCUGGGCAACAGACCGCUGCCGGCGGAGCAGCAGCAGCAGCAGCGGCGGCGACGGCGGCGCAGCCGCCUCCGUCGGGCCACUUGUGCAUUUCGCUGUGUCAGCGCUGGGUCGGCAACACGGUGCUGCUGAAGCUCAUUUCCCCGGAGGACCGCACGGAGGCGUUCGGGGAGGAGGCGGACCUGCCGCCCAACAUAGAUGUGCAGUUCCUGGCGCUGCGCGGCGUGACGCUGGCGCUGCGGCCGCCGCUGCGGGUGCUGCCGCCGGGCUGA